CUCAAAUUUCCUGUUUGCAUUUUGUCUCGCUCAGUCGGAGGAGGCUGAGUGGAAAAUGGCCGACGGUGUGGAUCACAUCGAUAUUUACGCGGAUGUAGAGGAGGAGUUCAACCAGGGAGAGGAUUACCCCGUCCACGAGCAGAUCGACCUGUAUGAUGACGUCAUCUCGCCGUCUGCCAACAAUGGGGAUGCCCCAGAGGACCGGGACUAUCUGGACAGCUUGCCCCAGGGCCCCGGGGGCUCGGAGGGGGGCAAGGGCGCACCCCCCAACGUGGUCUACACAUAUACCGGCAAGAGGAUAGCCCUCUACAUUGGCAACCUCACAUGGUGGACAACAGAUGAGGACCUGUCAGACGCGAUCCGUUCGAUAGGCAUCAAUGAUGUGCUGGAGAUCAAGUUCUUUGAGAACCGGGCCAACGGACAGUCCAAAGGGUUUGCGCUGGUGUGUGUGGGCUCUGACGCCUCCUCCAGAAAGCUGCUGGACCUUCUCUCCAAGCGGGAACUCCAUGGGCAAAACCUUAUAGUCACGCCGUGCAACAAACAAUCCCUCAGCCAGUUUGAGAUGCAGUCCAGGAAAAGCACACAAUCAGGUCAGAUGUCAGGUGAGGGUAAGGCUGGGCCGCCAGGAAUUGGUCGUGGUGGCUUCCCCAUGGGCAGAGGCCGAGGACGCUUCCCCGGCCCCCCUGGUCCAGGUGGGGACAGGUUCCCAGGACCAGUCGGAGGUGGCGGACCCCCACCCUUCCCAGGGCCCCGGAUCAGGCCACCAGAUCACAUUUCCCAUAGGCACCCCAACAACCAGCAGAUGGAUAUGAAUUUCAAUUGCUUCCAACCGGGGCGGGAUGGGAGCUGGCGACCCAGAGGAGGGAUGCAGGGACCUCCUCGCCCCCCACCUGGCCCACCAGGGCCGCCAGGUCCCCCUGGACCCCCUCCACCAGGACAGGGCCUGCCCCCACCCCUUUCCGGACCUCCCAACCGAGGCGACCGCCCCCCUCCACCGGUCAUGUUCCCAGGCCAAUUCGGCCAGCCCCCGAUGGGUCCGCUGCCUCCAGGCCCUCCCCCACCAGGCUACGGCCCUCCUCCCGGCCCCCCUCCUCCCCAACAGGGUCCUCCACCCCCGGGUCCCUUCCCGCCUCGUCCUCCUGGCCCCAUAGGUCCGCCCAUGGCACUUGCCCCUCCCCCACACAUGCAGGGUCCUCCACCUGGUGGCCCGCCCCCGGCGCCUCACGUCAACCCGGCCUUCUUCCCACCGCCUGGCAACAACAACAUGCCGCCAUCAGACAGCCGGGGCCCCCCGUCCAACGACCCGUACGGACGCCCGCCUCCCUAUGACCGCGGAGACUACGGCCCAGGGGGAAGCAACCCGAGACCCCUGCUAGUCCCCGAUUUUGGGCUCAGGCCCCUGAGAGAGCCCUGGAUUAACGAGGGGUUGGCCGAUCCGAAACCGGGCGGCAGGCAUUUGCCCCCCAGUGCAGGGGACACAGGGGAGAUGGAUUCUGCACGGACUCCGCUGAGUGAAGCAGAGUUUGAGGAGAUCAUGAACCGCAACCGAGCCAUCUCCAGCAGCGCUAUAUCACGAGCCGUGUCAGACGCCAGCGCAGGUGAGGCUGGGACUGGCCGUGACUACGGGAGUGCCAUUGAGACGUUGGUGACGGCCAUCUCCCUGAUUAAGCAGUCUAAGGUGUCGGCUGACGACCGUUGCAAGGUGCUCAUCAGCUCACUCCAGGACUGCCUGCACGGCAUCGAGUCCAAGUCCUACGGCUCUGCAUCCAGAAGAGAGCGGUCUCGUGAGCGCGACCACAGCCGCUCGCGGGAGAAGAGCCGGCGGCACAAGUCGCGAAGCCGCGACCGCCACGAAGACUACUACCGGGAGCGCAGCCGUGAGCGAGACAGACACCGCGAGAGGGACCGCGACCGCGAAAGGGAUCGGGACCGCGAGAGGGAGUACAGACACCGCUAAUAAACCCCCGUGGGAGAGCUGUCGAAAGAGGAGGAGCUACACCUGGACAAGCCACCUCACCCAAUCAGCAGCCACCCUCAUCCUAUCAGCAGCGUCCUCCUCCCCACUGACUCACGACACAACCCAUCCUCGCUCCUUCUCCUCUACGAACUUCACAUUGGAGGACAGGAGGGACUCUUGUGUAAGGUUACAUUAGAGUGAGCUCUGUACAGAAACACCCUUUGGCUCAUGGUAAAAAAAGAAAGAAAACUCGGAAAAAACUACUCUGCUUUUUUAUUUUUGUUUUUAUUUGACAGACAUUUGAAGGCAUACCUGUGUAAUUAUUAUAAGGAAGGCUUUGCGUUUUGCAUCGUAAAAUCCGCUAAGGACAAAACAAUUUGCUUGUGUUUACCCAGAACAGAAAUCAUCUUUUGACUGCUAUAAUGUAUAAAGUGUCUGAAGGCAUAUUGUUUUUAUAGGGGACUAUUUCUGGAUAGCAUCUUCAUUUUUCUCCCUUCUGUCUUGAUUACUCUCCCUCCUCUCCCCUACCCUCUCUGCCCCUAUCCUAACCUUCGCCAACUUAAAACUCUUCUCCACUGUCUGUUCGUUCGGAUAAUGUUUGUAAAUGUCUAUGCUUUGAUUCAUUAUUAAAUAGAAUCUGUGUUGUAAUAAACUGUUUGCUGGGGUUUGCCGAUGGAUUUACAAUCUGAAUUUCUGAAGCUGAUGUGUCGCACUUCAUUUACUAUAUAAUAUGUGCCUUACUAGAUCACCUUUUUAUAAUGGUAUUUUAACUUGGAUAGGUCACUACACUAAUGUUUUGUUUUGUAUAAGUUUACGAACAAACAAAAACAAACUUAAAGGUGCAGUCCGCAAUAAUUUUAAGCAUUGCUUUCUUCCAUCCCGUUAAUAGUCCUCUAGCAUUUUGUUAGCAGUUGGGUCUUUGUAUAUAGUCAACAUCCUUUGCAAAGAGGGUUCAAUGUGAUUGUUGUUAAGCUUGAAUUUGUGUCAUUUUAUAAAGCCCAAAUGUGGACUGCAUCUUUAACAGAUCUUUUUAUUUCCAUGUGACUGCAGAUCAGUGUGACUUUUUUAUUUUCCAAUGAAGGAAAGGUGUAACUGGCUAAAUUUGGAGAACCAUGCUGAUGUCUUGAAUUCCUUUGCUGGCCAAUGAUUGGUUAGGUUAUAAUACUAGUUCAGCUGUAGUGUUAAGAAAUGUCAAGCUAUGACUGCUAAAUUGACCUCAGAAAGAAAUGUGUACAUGUCGAGGUGAUGCUUCAAUUUGAAGUGAUUUCUUGUUAGCUAUGUGGAUGUUUUGUACUUCCUGUAGACUGGCAAUGUGAACUUCCUUGGCAGAAAGGAAAUGAGCAAUUGAUUGUGCCUUGAAGAACAUUUGAAUUGACUGUUGUGCACUUCAUUACUGAGGGCUGAAUUGUGUAGAUGUACAUAGGGGUUCAGGGUGAGAUGUAGGGUUAUGAUCAGUGUCAGUGUUAAAGUGCUGAAUGAUUACAUAGCCAUGCCCAUUCCAUUCCUGUUUGUUUUUUGUACUGUUUUUCAUUUCUGUUUUGUUGUUUUUGUUUCCAAAGACCAAAUUAAAUGUAGAAGCCUUUUGGUACAGCCAAGUAAAUAAGUGCUGUCUCAUGUCCAUUCCACUUUGCAAUUCUGUUGUCAGCAAUUGAUAUUGGACACAGAAAAUGGCCUUAUUGUUUGGCUUUUAACCUCAAUGGAAAGUGAACUCGUGAUACCAGUUUUCCAAAUAUGCAGAAAUACUAUUUGAUCAGGGUUAGAAACCAAAUAAAUGGUUUAAGGAUCAUGCAAACCAAAACUCACAUUUUGCACUCGAUUCAUGUAGUGCAGCUACAUACUGAUCAAAAUAAUUUUAAUUUCUUUGUUUCAAAAUCUGUUGUUGAAUUAGAUGUAAUAUACCAGUUCGAGUGACAGUGCAACUGCACUACCAUUUAAAAGAAAAAAAAGAUUUCCACUUCUGUAGUCUUGUAAAAUGUGUUGCAGGCUUUUCAACUGUUUUUUUUUUCCACGAAACUGUUAAUCGUGUAAAUAUCUUCAUUAGCAUCUUAAGGCUCUCAUAAAUGCUGCAAAGUAUUGUCUUGCUUCAAACAUUGGCGUUUGCAGGAACGGUUUUGCCGUCAUUGUGAAGUAAGAUAACUUUGUAGUAAUGUACAUACAUUUUUGCUAAACGCACAUAAAAACAGAGUCAGGCAGCCAUUUCUUUCUGUGUUGAGGAAUAAGGCCUGACUGUUAAGACUUCUACAGCUAUCUGCAAUAGUUUGGAAAACAGCAGCACAAAUUAUUUUGAUCAAUGGAUACACAUAGCAUGCAUCACUGUGAAGGGAGUCAUCAGGGUCUGAUUUGGUUUACUAUUUUGUAGCAAUAGUUGUAAUAUAGCUGGGUAUCUGCAUCUAAGAACAGCCAAAGCAUAUUUCGAUUUUUUUUUAGAUUGGCUUAUUUAUAAGCAGAGGAAAUGGGGUCAGGGUACAAUGCAAUUGAUAUCUGCUUACACACAAAAGCUACAACUUUUUAUUGGGUUAAAAUGUGGCCUGUGGUAGGUGUCACAUAUGCAUUUGAAUGUAGUUCUAUACUGUUUUGCAUACGUUUUUCUAAACCUGUUAAGUAUUGCAAGGAUACAAAUUUUGGUAAGACAUUGUCAUGUUUUUGCUGUUCAUAAUAAUGUAGACUUGCCAGUGUUUUACUUCAUGCAGCAGAGCAUGGUUUUAGAGUUGUGUUGAGUUGUAAUAAACCUGUUAAGUCUCAAA